CCGUCGCUGCACUACUAAAGACAUGACCCAAGGAGUGCGUCUCGCGUUGAAACACUCCAGCCAAUAAUUUCAACGCCACACACCACAAGCACUCCACGUCGGAUCUUUUUUCUCUCUUUUUUCCCGCUGUUACACGUUUUAUUUUCCCUUCUGCCCCUGUUUGUCUCGUCCUCCUUUGCACUGGAUCUUUCGUGCAAGAAGAUGUGUGUGGAGAGCGAUGGAUGCGAGAUCGAGGGCUGCAGCAGUUCGGAUGAGGUGCAGACGCUCUCCGGCAGCAUGAGUCCCGCUCUGAAAUCCACCGCGGAACUCCACCCCUGCAAGCCCGGACACAAAUUCCGCGCUGCGCUGAUGAGAUGCCGGACCCCGACCGCUGCCGCCGGGAUCCUGAGCUUCGGGAACGUCCUGAAUUACAUGGAUAGAUGCACCGUAGCCGGCGUUCUGCUCGACAUACAGCGCCACUUCGACGUAUCGGACAGUAGGAUCGGCUUGCUGCAGACAGUCUUCAUCUGCAGUUUCAUGGUGGCAGCUCCCAUCUUCGGUUACCUUGGCGACCGCUUUAACAGAAAGGUCAUCCUGAGCUGUGGCAUUUUCUUCUGGUCCAUUGUGACGCUGUCCAGCUCCUUCAUCAGCAAAGAGUACUACUGGCUCUUUGUCCUCUCCCGAGGCCUGGUGGGGAUCGGGGAGUCCAGCUACUCGUCCAUCUCGCCCACCAUCAUCGGAGACCUGUUCACCAACAACAGCCGAACCAUGAUGCUGUCUAUCUUCUACCUGGCCAUUCCCCUGGGGAGCGGCCUGGGCUACAUCCUGGGCUCUGGAGCUAAGGAGGCAGCUGGAGACUGGCACUGGGCGCUCAGGGUGUCCCCCCUGCUGGGCAUCACGGCGGGGGCUCUGAUCCUGCUCUUUGUCCCGGAGCCCAAGAGAGGCAGCGCCGACCAGGGUGGCCGCGUCAAGGCCCGCUCCUCCUGGUGCUGCGACAUGAAGGCCCUGGCCAAGAACCGGAGCUACGUGUGCUCGUCUCUGGCCUCGGCGGCCGUCUCCUUCGCCACCGGGGCGUUCGGCAUGUGGAUCCCUUUGUACCUGUACCGCGCCCAGGUGGUCCAGAAGACCGCCGAGGUCUGCUCUAAAGACAUAUGCAGCAGCAAAGACAGUUACUUGUACUCCAGCCUGAUCUUCGGCGCCAUCACCGUGGUGACGGGGCUGCUGGGCGUGGCCAUCGGCCUGGCGGCCACGCGCCUCUGCAGGCAGCGCACGGAGCGAGCGGACCCCCUGGUGUGUGCCGUCAGCAUGCUGGGCUCGGCCAUCUUCAUCUGCCUCAUCUUCGUGGUGGCCAAGAAGAGCAUCGUGGGGGCUUACGUGUGUAUCUUCAUAGGGGAAACGCUGCUGUUCCUCAACUGGGCCAUCACGGCGGACAUUUUGAUGUUUGUGGUGAUCCCGACGCGGAGGGCUACAGCCGUCGCCUUCCAGAGCUUCACCUCCCACCUGCUGGGCGACGCGGGCAGCCCCUACCUCAUCGGCCUGAUUUCGGACGCCCUCCAGCAGAGCUACGCCACCUCGGUGCUGUGGCAGUUCCUCAGCCUGGGCUACGCCCUGAUGCUGUGCCCCUUCGUCAUCGUGCUGGGGGGGAUGUUCUUCCUGGCCACCGCCCUCUUCUUCCUGGAUGAUCGGGAGAAGGCUGAGAAACAGUUGAGCCUGAUGACCCGGCCUCCCUCCACUGUCACGGUAUGACCAGGUGUCGACGGAGACGACCUUCCAGUGGGGUGACACAGCUCUUGGGGGGCAGGAAACAAACAACCAGCUAUGAACGGAAAAUGAAGACCCC